AUUCUCCAACAAAGUUGCAAGUCAGAGGGAGAUCAAACGCACAACGACCGAGUUGAUGCAAGUUCAUCAAAGGGAAGGGGAAUCUCUGAGGGACUACAUGCAGCGAUUCAACAAAGCCACUUUAGACAUUGAUAACGUCCUCGAUACCAUCUGCUUGUCUGCCUUGCUGCAUGGUUUGAAGAGUGGUCGGUUCCUAGACGACCUGCUAGAAAACCCGCCGAAGACAUGGAACGAAGUGAAUGACAGUCAUGAGCAACCGCCGAGGAGGGAAGAAAAGAAAAAGCAGAAGGUCAACGAGCAGUGGGGGAAGCUCGCCGACUUCCCAAAGUAUGCCAACUACAUUCCUUUGACCUUGCCAAGGUCUCAAAUCUUGGCACAAAUCCAGCACUGGGUUAGAAGACCCCCUCCCCCACUGCAUGAUUCCUUGAGAGCAGAUAAGAGCAAGCAUUGUGACUACCACCAUGCAUACGGUCACAACACAAAAGACUAUCAACAUUUGAAAGAUGAACUAGAGUUCUUAACUCGCAAUGGGAAGGGCAGAGGUACUAGCUCGGCGGCGCACAGGAUGAGUAUCAGAAUAGCCAAUAUCCCUCUAAGCAAGGCAGAGCGCACAGGGAACGUCAGUUCAAUCGGCGAGGACAAGGACAAAGGACUACCGCCCAGAACCAAAAAGAUAGGAAGGGGGCCCUUGAAGCGCUCGUUUGAAGAAGCAGAAUGGGAAAAUACACCCAUUACAUUCAGUCCAACCGAUUACAAGCGAGCAGAAGGAGAGCCCGACGUUAUGAUGCCUCACGCUGAUCCUUUCAUGGCAACAGUCCAUAUAGGCAAUCAUAACGUCAACAAGGUCUUCAUUGAUAUUGGAAGCUCACCAGAUAUCUUAUACUGGAGCUGUUUUCAAAAGAUGCAACUGAAUCCGAGCUUGUUGCAGAAGUAUGAAGGGCCCAUAUAUGGGUUUGAUAACCAACCUGUCCCAGUUGAGGGAGUUAUUACCAUUCCUAUAUAUGUGGGCUCAAAACCAUGCUUCAGGAUGGCCUCUGUUAGCUUCUUGGUUGUCAAGAUGGAAUCGGCUUUCAAUGCUAUAUUAGGAAGAGCCACCCUGUGCGAGCUGAAGGUUGCUAUCUUCCAACCCCAUCUCUAUAUGAAAUUCCCAACUCCUCAGGGGUUAGGGGUGCUUAAGGGGAAUCAGAAGAUGGCCAGAGCUUGCUACCAAGACACUUUCAAGAAGGUCGAGCUCGUUGUGGCCCCAACAAGUUCUGAAAAUCACAGGCCAACCCAGCUCGAUCAGCAGACAAUGAGCAUAUCAGAUAUCGAACAUCGACCUAAGGGUGUCGAGCAGAAGGUUGAGCCGGUAGAACCGGUGGAAACGGUCCCUUUAAACCCUGAUGUGCCAAAAAGGAUAGUUAAGAUCGGCACCAAGCUUACAGAAGAAGAGCGAGCAGAGCUUCUAGAGUUUUUGAGGGUUAAUCAGGAUGUGUUUGCGUGGACUACGGAUGAAAUGCCUAGCAUCCCAAUGGAGUUAACAGUCCACAAGCUCAGCUUCAUUAGGAGAGUCGAAUACUCUGAGUGGGUGUCCAACCUUGUGCUCGUCAAAAAACCAAACGGAAAGUGGAGAAUGUGUAUUAACUUCACCAACUUAAAUGAGGCGUGUCCAAAAGACCCUCAUCCCUUGCCAAAUGUGGAGAAGCUGGUCGAGCGGGCAGUUGGACACGAGCGGAUAAGCUUCCUCGAUGCUAGCCCAAGCGGACCUGAGGGAGACGUUUCAGAAUUUGCGCCGAGCCCAGAUGAAGCUAAAUCCCCUGAAGUGCACGUUCGCUGUAGAAUCAGGAAAAUUCCUAGGGCAUUUGACGAGCUCAAACAAUAUCUAGUUUCAGCACCCCUACUGUCCAAACCUGUGGAGGGGGAAAGUUUAUACCUGUAUCUGGGGGUUACGGAGGAGGCGGUGAGCUCGGUCCUACUUAGGGAAGAGAAUAAGAAUCAGAAGCCUAUCUGCUAUGUGAGCAAGGUUUUACAAGGGGUCGAGCAGAACUACCCACUAGCGGAAAAGGCUGCUUUUGCUCUAGUUUGCACAGCUCGUAAGUUGAGAGCUUACUUCCAAUCUCAUCAAAUUGUUGUCUACACUGAUCUGCCGUUGAGGAAAAUAUUGCAGAAACUGGAACUCUCUGGUCGGCUUAUCGGAUGGAGCGUCGAGCUAAGUGAGUACGACCUCAAAUUUCAGCCGCGCACGACCAUAAAGGGCCAGGUUGUGGCAAAUUUCUUGGUGGAAUGCAUCUCGACGACUGUGGAAGAAAAGGCACCCAAACACCCAGUCUGGGUCUUGUAUGUUGAUGGCACUGCUAACGUUGAAGAAUCGGGUGCUGAGGCUGUCCCUCAUUUACUGAUUGAAGCUAGCGUCCGAGCUAAAGGUACAGAGCAUUUAGAUAUCAGCCCUCAUAGAUCAACAAUUGUGGAGGUACUUGACGCUCCAAGCUACACCGAUUUCACAGUUGAGUGUCAACUGCUCAGCACAGAUCCUUCUUCACCGAGUUGGACUACCCCGCUCAUAGAUUAUCUACACAGUGGCGAGCUGCUUGAAGAUCCAUCCGUUGCAAAGUUGAUUAAACGCAAGGCAGCUCAUUUCACUUUGUUAGAUAAUCAGCUCUACAAACAAGCAGCUUCAAUGCCCCUAUUACGCUGCCUCACUCCUUAUGAAGCUAACUAUGCUGUGAGGGAAGUUCAUGAAGGAGUAUGUGGCACACACAUAAGUGGUAGAACUUUAGCUCGGAAACUCCUGAGGCAUGGGUAUUACUGGCCAACUAUGGUUGAGGACUCACAAAACUAUGUCAAAAAGUGCCCAACCUGCCAGUUCAACGCUAAUGAUAUUCACAUGCCAAUCGACUUGCUCGGCCCUUUUGUGAAAGGCAAAGGAGGUUGCACCUACCUCGUUGUCGCAGUGGAUUACUUCACCAAAUGGAUAGAAGCUAAACCAUUGUCCACGACAACAGAAAAGAAAAUAGAAGAAUUCUUGUUCGAUAUACCUAAGCGGAUCAUCGCUGACAAUGGGCCACAAUUCCGAGCAACGGCACUAAGGUCAUUUUGUAACGACUAUGGCAUUGAGCUCACCUUGACCUCUGUAUAUACCCCGCAAUCAAAUGGAAAAGCUGAGUCUGCUAAUAAAAUCAUCUUACGAGGCCUCAAGACGCGUGUAUUAGCCACCCAUUCUAAUUGGGUAGACAAGCUCAAUAAAGUGCUUUGGUCAUGUCGCACUACACCCACUCGGCCACGGGCGAAACCCCAUUCAGCCUUGCCUAUGGAGCUGAGGCCGUCAUCCCUGUAGAGAUCGAAUUGCCAUCUGACAGAGCAAAUCAGCACAACAACAAUCACAACGAGCAGCUUUUAAGAGAAAACCUAGACCUUGUGGAAGAGAUCAGGGAGAUGUCUCGAGUAAGAAACAUGGCGCAUCAAAGUCGUGUUGCAAAAUUUUAUAAUAAAAGAGUUCGAGCUUG